AUGUUCGAAUUCCACAUCGACUUUCAAGGACAGCACCUUGCCGAGCAGGUCACCCAGGGCGUCAUCUCGUUCUUUGGCGUGAUUGCCUUUUUGGUGGGAUUGAUCGCUCAGGAUAUCCGUCUGUCUAUGUACAUUUUUGCCGCCGGAGUCGUCGUCGCCGCCUUUUCGGUAAUUCCUGCAUGGCCAUACCUGAGAAAGAGCCCUAUCAAGUGGUUGCCCAGCAGGGAGAAACUCGCUGCUGCCGCUGCCGCUGCCGCUGCAUCGAAGCAGGAAUCCUCGCCCUCUGAUCUCAAGGAUAAGAAGACCGCAUAG